AUGAGUGCUAUAGAAACGAAACAGAGAAGAAAAUCGAAUAUAAUAAAAGGAUUUGCUAAACAAAAUAAGCUCAUUACUAUGAGACCUUCUACGGAUGACAAUGACAAUAUAACAAAUAAUGGUACUACAAAUCAACAACUAGGAUGUAUGACGAUUUCUGAUACCAUAAUGAUAAAUGUGAUAACCUAA